UCUCCUUUUUCACGUCAGAACACUCUCAAUUUCUAAUUGUAACUACAAAUUUUAUUAAGUUCGCUUCUCUGUCAGUCACUGUUUCAAUGGAAUCCCAAAUGACACAUGCUCAUGGUCAAGGCAAAACUCAAGAGCACGAACCCCACACGGUUAGGCAUCACACCAGUAGCGUGGCAGAAGGUGAAGAUGAGCAGCACCACGAGAAGAAGUCGGUUCUGACGAAGGUGAAGGCAAAGGCAAGGAAGAUAAAAGACUCACUCACAAAACAUGGUCAUGGUCAAAACCAUGACCAAGACCAAGACCAAGACCAAGACCAUAUCCCUGAUGUUCAUGAUCUCGAUGAGGAAGACGAUGAUGAGGAAGAAAUGGCUGAAGACCCUGAAGUUCAUGGUGCACCAAUAUAUGAGGCUACAGCCAUUAAGACCACUGGGCUAGUGGACUCUGGAGUCAAUUCUGGAAGGUCAAAGGUCACGGAGGUUGAUACUCGGUUACCCAACGUGAACCCUGACGAAGGGAUUGAUGUUAAAAACGUUGAUCAGGGUUUGAAAACAGCCGUGGGUGAAAUUCCUAGCGCACCACAAAAUACACCUGCAUCUCAUACUGCUCCAGGAAUUCAUCACCCCAGAGACAAUGACCCAACUAGAACCUUAGUCCACGGUGAAGAGGAACGUUCUGGGCAACCGAAAGUCAACUUGCAAAGACCAGAACGCUGGGAGGAGGAUCUCGCUGUCCCAAAGGACACACCUGGUUCUUAUGUUCCUGUGAAUUAUCAGGCCAAAGUCGGUGACCAUACUGGCAAAGGUGGUGAAGCAGCAGGAGUAAACCCAGAUCUUCUUUCUUUUGACAAAAUGAAAAUCUAUGACGAACCAAAACCAAAUUCAGAAGAAAAACAGAGCUUACCUACUGGAACUGAAGAUUUUUUUACCAGUGUGCCCACUGGAAGCCAUGACCAGUUCUCGCCAGAAUUAACCCCCCCGGAACGUAGGAGCACAGAAAAAUACCCACAAGAGAACAUAGUUGACAGGCCCUCGAACGAGCGUGAUGAGUUCUCGCCAGUUUUAACUCCCCCACAACGUACGAGCACAGAAGACAACCCGGAAGGGGAGGUAGUUGACAGGCCUUCCAACGAGCGUGACCAGUUCUCACCAGGAUUAACUCCCCCACAACGUAUGAGCACAGAAGACAACCCGCAAGAGAACGUAGUUGACAGGCCUUCGAACCAGGGUAGCUACAUUCAGAAAAUUUCAUCUGCCACCUCUGCAAUCACAGAUAGAGCAGUAUCCGCUAAGAAUGUUGUAGCUUCCAAGCUUGGAUAUGGCGAGAAAGACAACACAGGAGGACAUGAAGUGCGUGAAGGGGAUAAAAAUUCCAUGUCAGGAUCAGCAGUAGAUUAUGGAAAGAAAAUGGCUGCUACUGUGACAGAGAAGCCGACUCCAGUUUAUGAGAAGGUUGCAGGAGCAGGAAGUACAAAAAGGUCAAAAAUGCAGGGUGCUACCACUGGUACUGGUACUGGUACUGGUACUGGCAGUACCCAGGAACGUGGGGUUGAUGGGCAAGACAAAGGAGUGUCGGUGAAGGACUACAUUGCAGAGAAAUUGAGGCCCGGAGAAGAAGACAAGGCUCUAUCAGAGGUGAUAUCUGAGACUUUGCAUAAGAAGAAAGUGGAUCAAGAGAAACCUGCAGCAACCUCUAGGCCUGUGAGUGAGGUGAUUUCAGAUGCUUUGCACAAGCGAAAUGAAGAACCUGAUGAAACAGAUAGGCCUAUGGGAAAAGUGACCGAAUCCGAGGAGGUGGCCAGGAGGCUGGACACUCAUAAUAAAGAUUCUUCCAAAGAGAAGGACAUGAGUUCCAGCUUUAUUAGUAAUGAUAGUAGUACUUCUGGCAAUGGUGUAGUUGAUAAGAUCAAAGGAGCAGUUGGUUCAUGGUUUGGGAAAGGGGGUGAGUCCCAGGGAUCUCAGCAGUCACUUGGUUCCUCAUUCGAUUCUGCUAAUGAUGGGGCAAGGCAGGAAACCGGCAUUACUGAGGAGAGAAGACCUCAGGAGUCUGGCAAUUGAUACAAUAUGAUUUGUGUUUUCAAUUAAGUGUGGUUUUCUUCGGUGUUUGUAUUACUCUUUAUGUACCCAUAAAUGUGUCAGAUUGUAGAUUGGGUUAUACCUCUUUAUUACAGUUUUGUGUGUUUAUAAGAUGGAUGAAUCUUCAGUGAUGCGUGAGGGAUAUAUCUGUAAGGCAAUGGUUGUUUGCAUUGCCCUUUGCCAGCAAUAGCAUGAAACUAUCCUAAUAAUUUUCUUUUCGAAACAAGUUUUGAGCUGCUUUCUCAGGAA